CGCCCUCAUUGCAUUGUUCUCACAGAACUCAUUGCUCCUUAUCCUGAACUACACAAUUCCUGCGCUAGGUUCCCAGGCCUCGUUAUGUGGGAUUUGUGGUGGAUACAAAGUUGCGCUAGGUUACGUUUUCCCUGAAGUAGUUCGAGUUUCCCUGCCAAUCUUCGUUCAACCAUCAGUGGCUGGUGAACCAUAACCAAAAAACUAUGUAUGAUUAUUUUAAAGAGGCUCAGGCACUCUUUUUCAUUAGACUUCAUAAUUUGGCAAGCGAGUGUAACGUACGCUUUGCAGCUACAACCACAACAGCAUGGGUUUUAUCUGUUGUCAUAAUUUGGAGCCUAAUUCACUUUAUGUAUGGGAAAGUCAUUGAUGUGUUUUUGAGGCGAAUGAGAUUACCAGUAUUAUAUCGACUGCGCCUUUCGGACUCUUUGUGGAAUGCCGGCUUCUGCAUUGGCUGUGUACCUCUCUGUGCUUCAAAAUUAUCGGUUCACGGAAGCAAAUUAACAGAUGUAUUGAACAUUGUUACUGAUAAUAUUUUUAUCGCAGAAGGAGUGCCUGCCCAUGUGCUGUUCAGUUGCGUUAUUAUUUGUGCAUAUUAUGUUCACAGUGUUUGUUUAACGUAUUUUCAGAAGGGCACCGAUAAAGAUUUUUUUGCCCAAGGACUUCGCCUUCUAUUUUUAUACAUAUGCUAUUCUCUAAGAUAUAUACGAGCAGGGCUGUCUGCAGUAGUUCUAAUUCACAUUUAUUUAUUAAAUGUUGAGUUUAUGAGGAUAUGCUACAGUCUGAACCAAAGCAAGGUUGUAAAAUCUGGUUUCAUGUGGAAUUUUACAUGCCUCUUAUUCGUGAUUCACUACUUGCUGUGGGGAGGAGUGUUCCUGAGUACUGUACUUCAGAGUUACUUGUUAUCCGCUCUCAAUGUCCGGAUGUCUGAUGACAGUGUAUCAUCAUUCGUGGUGCUUCAUGCCGCACUGUGGAGUUACAUUUCAUUGGAGAUUUUCAGUGCACCUGCCAUGAAACUGAUAUAUUACUGUGUGUGGCUGACCCACAGUUAUGAUCACCGUGAUUGGCUGGACUAUGCCCUUUUCCCACCAUAUAAUGAUGAGAUUCGACGCCUGAAAGAAAUUCGCAGGAACGUCCGUCUGGAGAAGGCACAAUCACUGGAGCAUUACUUCAGAAUAGGAGAGCAACCAGAAAGUGAGACAAAAAGUAGCAAGAACUCUCGGGCCUUGUAUCAGACUGUCAGAUGUGUAAUGGCCUUGAAGAGAAGAAUCAGACGCAAGAGGGCAGCACAGUCACUGGUGUUUUCUACUUCUGAACAGCUGGAAACCACAGACAGUUCUGGUGUUCAAAGUAAUAUGUAAAUGUUAUGCAAUUUCAUAGAGUAAGUCAUUUUGACUUCAUAUUUCAAUUAUAUUAUUUGUUGAUUAAAUAAAGUAAGAGAAUGUA